AUGCCGUUCAAACGCAAGUCUGAAAGCGCAACUAUGGCCGAUACGGGCGCUGCAACCCCCUCAAAGCGAGUUCGCAACUCCAUGUCUGACGCCUCAGGCGAGGUGGUUUCUGAGCCUACUCCCAAUACAGGUGAAAAGCGAAAGCGUGGCCGUCCUCGCAAGUUCCCCGAAGGAACCUUCCCUAAGCCCGACCCCAAUGGACCUAAGCGCGGCCGUGGACGCCCGCGCAAGUUUCUCUCAGAUACAGAGGCUGCGGCUGCGGUAAAGGCAGCGGAGUCUCCUGCUGGCCCUAAGAAAGGACGCGGGCGUCCUCGAAAGGAACCAGGCACCGAGACCCCCAAACCAAAAGCAACCCCCACCGGUCCCAAGAAGGAUGGUCGUGGACGACCCCGAAAGAGCCUGCCUGCGAAUGGCGCCGAUACUGCAAAGGAAGCUGAGGUCAAAGUCCCGGCUUACAUCCCACCCAAGGAUGAGUCUGGCCGUUCUUACUGGCUGAUGAAGGCCGAGCCUGAGUCGCGCUUAGAGAAGGGUGUUGAUGUCAAGUUCUCCAUUGAUGAUCUGGCUGCUGUUGAGACCCCAGAGCCAUGGGAUGGUGUUCGCAACCCCGUUGCCAGGAAUCUCAUGCGCGAAAUGAAGAAGGGCGACUAUGCCUUCUUCUACCACUCCAAUUGCAAGACUCCUGGAGUCGUAGGUGUCAUGGAGAUUGUAGAAGAGCACUCUGUUGACGAGUCUGCCUUCGAUUCCGCCCAUCCUUACUAUGACCCCAAGGCCAGCCGUGAGAACCCCAAGUGGGUGGUUGUGCAUGUUGAAUUCCGCCGCAAGCUUAAGAAGCAAGUCACUUUGGAUGACUUGAAGUCCCAUGCCAAAGCCGGAAAGCCGCUAGAGAACCUCCAGACUCUUAAGCAAUCUCGCUUGAGUGUUUCUUCAGUGACCUCAGCCCAAUGGCAUUUCAUCCUGCAGCUCGCAGGUGAGGAUUCAGUGAAGUUCACCACAGCUGUAUCUGAAGAGGAUAAAUCUGAGGAGGAUGCCGAAUCUGAGGACCUGUGA